AAUUGGAAACAUACAUACAGACCCAGCCUUUGGCCUGAGUGGAAUCGACUGAUGCGGGAUGGUUAUUACACACAUCAAAGUUCACAACACAUUAGCUGAGUCGGACCUUUGUGUUCAGUAGUCAUGCGAUGACAGCCUCACAACCUUCACGUUACAUUAUGCGUGUACGGAACUGGUCGAUGACAAGUAAUUGUGCACUAUAAACAUUCUCAAUUGGAACAUUCGGUCUUCAUGAAUUGGUAAAUCCCAGCAGCUGUUUUCCUUGUGAUUUAGAGUCUCCUGGAGAUAUUCUGGUCCUCCUACAAUGGCUUAAGUUGCUAAUGGCUUGAUACUUCCCUAAAUCACCUCCUGUGUACUUCCUUCUUGAGUUCGAAUCCAGGAUGAUCGUCACGCAAGCGCAUAACCCUGACGUAACUCUGUGUCAUCGCUCAGACCAGGCUAUUCCAGCAGUGGAAAGUUUCUCGGCUAGUGUCCUCGAUAACUGCAUUAACAAGUAGAGAACAACCAUGGCUAUUUAAAAGAGAGUGAAGGAUAAAAACAGACUCUAGUGGGUAAACAGUUGCUGCUAGAAAUGGCACAAUGCGCUUUGUUUGCUGUUUCGUGUCAGAAAUAGAUUUAUAGAUUUGAUAUGGAGAUAUAAGGGCGAUGAAAUACGUUGGUGUGUGUAUUCACUGUGUCGAACCCAUCAAUGGGCGGUGACGUAGAAAGAGAUUCUAUAUACAAAUAGAAGAAAACAUGGAUACAUCCUCCGAAGACGAGUCGCCUCCUCCAAGGAAGAGGAACAUCCACCGAGGCACGUCUGUGGACCAGAUGUCUGGUCCCAGGACCCCCCCGUCCGACCCCCUCCGGGCGGACGCCAGCCCGGGGAAGGGUCGGGACAGGGACGAGAAGAGGGAGAGGCUGCACCGAGAGAGGGACAUCGACGGGAGCAACAGCUCGCUGGAGGACUCACCCAAACUCGUCACACCUCGUUCCUCUCCCUUGGUGCGGAGAUCUAGCAAUUCGCCCACAGAGUAUCCCCACCGGCAGGGUUCUGAGAAGAGGCGGAAGGACUCCUCGUCCAGUGUGGCAGCUGCGACGGCAGACAGGGUUGCGCACAUGGCCUCCCCUAAACUGGUCCGCUCCGAUUCCGUCAAGUACUGCAAGCCGGCCAAUGGGAGUGCUCAUCGCUCGGGGCCUCAUCCAAUGGCGCACGGCACGCCACCUAGGCCCUCACGCCGCGUGCCAAGUUUGAAACUGAAAAGACUCAAUGUCGGGUCAAAGGCAGAACCAGAAAAAGAAAAGCCAGAAGCGACUAUGCCUUGUUUGCAACAACCUAACAAUACAAACCCUUCCAUAACCAUCACUCUAGAUUCGGACGAUGACUCUGUGUACAGUGAUUACUUAAGUCCGGAGAUCAACUACAAAAAUGAGAACAAGGUGCAAUUUCUUGGCGACGAAACCAGUCUGUAUGGGACACCGAAGGAGGAAUUACUCCCUAAUUCCACAGACAGUAACGCCGGGGACAGUAAAUCCAGUCCAACAACUUUUCUAAAGGAUCAGAUAUUAACUUUCUUUCAACCGUCGGACAAUAAACUCGCAAUGAAGCUGUUUGGAAAUAAGAACGCUCUGUUGAAAGAGAAGAUGCGACAUAGGAAGGUCGGAAAUUGGGUGAUACAUCCCUGUAGCAACUUCAGGUUUUACUGGGAUCUGUUUAUGCUGGUGCUACUUAUCGCCAACCUCAUCAUUUUACCGGUAGCAAUAUCUUUCUUUAACGACGACCUCAGCACACACUGGAUCGUGUUCAAUUGUAUAUCAGAUACUGUAUUUUUUCUUGACAUCAUAAUCAAUUUUAGAACAGGUGUUAUUUUGAAUGACUUUGCCGAUGAAAUUAUUUUGGAUCCAAAACUUAUAGCCAAACAUUACAUGAAGACAUGGUUCUUUCUAGAUCUCAUAAGCUCCAUUCCAAUGGACUAUAUUUUUCUUAUGUGGGACUCUGAGGCCAAUUUCAGUCAGCUCUUCCACGCAGGAAGAGCCUUGCGAAUGCUGAGAUUGGCCAAAUUGCUGAGCUUGCUUCGGCUGCUUCGGUUAUCCAGACUGGUCCGAUAUGUUCAGCAGUGGGAAGAGUUUUUAGCAAUUGCUGGCAAAUUUAUGCGAAUCUUCAACCUCAUCUGCCUGAUGUUCCUCUUGGGCCAUUGGAAUGGUUGCCUCCAGUUUCUUAUACCAAUGCUGCAGGACUUCCCAAAGGAUUGCUGGGUAGCCAUAGAGGAACUUCAAGAUGCUCACUGGGCUGAACAAUAUACAUGGGCGUUAUUCAAAGCGUUAUCUCAUAUGCUAUGCAUAGGGUAUGGGCGUUUCCCUCCACAAAAUAUGUCGGACACGUGGUUGACCAUUUUGAGCAUGCUGAGUGGUGCCACCUGCUAUGCACUCUUCCUUGCUCAUACCACUACUCUCAUCCAGUCAUUUGACACCUCUAGAAGACUUUAUAAUGAAAAGUUCAAACAAGUUGAAGAGUACAUGAUAUAUCGUAAAUUACCUCGAAACCUUCGCCAGAGGAUUACAGAUUACUAUGAACAUCGAUAUCAGGGAAAGAUGUUCGACGAAGAGACGAUAUUAGGGGAGCUUAACGAGUGUCUGAAACAUGAGGUAAUCAACCACAACUGCCGGGCCCUCGUAGCAUCUGUUCCGUUCUUCACGAACGCUGAUCCCUCCUUCGUCUCAGAGGUGGUUAGCAAACUAAAGUUCGAAGUCUUUCAGCCUGGCGACCUGGUGAUAAAGGAGGGCACUAUUGGAACCAAGAUGUUCUUCAUUCAAGAGGGCAUUGUGGACAUCAUAACGUCAGACAAGGAGGUCGCCACUAGUCUUUCAGAUGGGUCUUACUUCGGAGAAAUUUGUCUGUUGACAAAUGCACGACGUGUUGCCAGUGUUCGAGCGGAGACAUAUGUGAACCUCUACUCUCUGGCCGUUGAGCACUUCAACGACGUGUUGGAUCGAUAUCCAUUGAUGAGGAGAACGAUGGAGAGUGUUGCGGCAGAGAGACUAUCCAAAAUUGGUAAGAACCCGAGCUUGGUGAGCAGCCGAGCAGACCUUGAGGAGGACCAGAAGCUUGUGAACGAGAUAGUGAUGGAAUCCACACCCAUCCCUACCAGCGCCAGUGAGAACGAAGAUGGAGACUCCGAUGAUAGCUCCGAUGGAAGUAAACCUAAGAAAAAAUUCAAAUUUGAUUUUUCUGCCAGGUUGCAAAGGAUUACUGAGGAGAAAAGAAGCAAGUCGCGGGAAAAUUUGAAGGAUAAGGAUCUGAUAGAUUUUACAGAUGGAAAAUCUCAUAAGUUUGGGAAGCUGCCAAAGGUUCCCUCAGGACCUAAUCUAUUUGGACUUCGAGUUCCUUCUCUUCCUGAAAGAAAGAGAUCGGGAAGUGUAGGAGAUGCAUAUUCCAUGACCGGGACCCCGGAAAGGAUUGAGGAAGAAAAGGAAGAAAAAGACAAAGACAUAGAGAAGAGAAGGGGUAGUUUUCUUGGUAACAAAUUUUUAAGAGCGUUUGAAACGAAAGAAAGCAAACCCAAGAAGUUAAAAGACACAGGUAAAACUCCCAGUCUAGAUGAGGCUGUUGCUCUAGUCACAGACCCAAAGGGCACUUCUGCUAAGCAGUUCCUCGUUGUACCUCCCGAUCCUUCCAAGGAACAUUCUAAAGAUUCAAAAGAUAGGACUAAAACGGAAGAGACCAAAGUAAAAUCUGAUGAAAGGCCAGAGCCGUCCCAUACAACUACAACUACGACUGUUACUGUUCAACCAACUCCUAUUCUGAAAAUCCCUAAGGAUGACCCUUCUGUAAAAAAGAGCAUAGUAAGUGUCAGCCCUUCUGUUCCCUCUAGUAAAGACAGCAAGUCACAAAAGGACGAGUCCAUACAGCCCAAAUGGGCAGGGGGACAGCCAGUAACAAUCAGAAAAGAAGUCAUUAUUGAGGAAAAACCUCAGGAGAAACCGCCAAAAUCAGGUGAUAAUGCAUGAAUUAUCUGAAUGUGCUAUUCAACAUGUUACGUUGUGAUACCGCCGAAUGGCGUUCCUGUUUAGGAUGUGCAAUGACCUUGACUUUGACCCACCUCGAGUAUAAGUAGCGGGCCAGUGAGAAAGAAGUGACUUUGAAUGAUUGUGUGAUCAUUUUACUGAAGCCAAUUAUAUGUAUCAACUGUACAUACAUACACCAAAUGGCGUGAAGUCGUGGAUAUAUUGAGUGUCUUUUAUAGUAACACUACACUGAUGCGAUAGUAGGACACUGUAAAACAAGACUCUGUGACAAUCACGUAAUGUUUUCUACAUUUACCUAGACAUUAGGUUGAUAUCCUCUGUGCUGGUCACGUGGCUGCCUCGUGAGUGACACGUGACAGUGACGACAGAUCAAAUCUUGAUAACGGACGCAUAAAGGCCAUUCCUUUCAUGAGCUGCCAUGGACAUCGACCUAGAAAUUCAUCUGCACACAUGCCUUUGCCAUAUUUGACCGCGGUCAUCAUUCCUCAAAUGUGAAGGGUUACUUCCCCUUAGUACUCGAUAUAGGCGUAGAGUGAUGCUCUGUCUGUCAUUUCUGUCCAUAUGUCGUUACUGUUCUCACACAUAUCUGCCUUAAUUUUACAGCGAUGUAUGACUUUGAUGAAAGGUUAACAUAGACUUUUGUAUAAUCUUUUUUCAAUGCAUUUUGAAAGAUAUAUCCAGAUUUAUUUUCAAGUUGUAAUUAUUAAAUCCGUUUAUGAAAUUGUUUUAACAGUAUGAGCUUCAUGGGCAUAAACUGACAUAAUGUUUUGUUUCAGGACCAAAGUCAACCGUUCUGUUUCGCACUCUGUGACAGAACUGUAAUCAAAAUUUCAUUGCAAUGUAUUUUAUGUUAUUUCAGGUAUUUGCAUUAGCUACUGCCCUCUCGUAAAUGCAAACAUAUUCAAAUUCAUACACAGUGAAGCUAUUAUUUCAUACUGCUACUAUGUGAGAUCAAUUACAAAAUUUAUUGUUUUAUUAAAAACAGCAGUCGUAGAUUACAUAUCACUUCAAAUCAAAAUAAUAUUAUUUGUUAAGAAUUAGUUCAUGUUGUAUGGAAUAUAUUGUUAUAUAAAGCCUGCUACCUCUAGGUAUGCCUUCAUUACCAAAACUGGAGAGCAAAAGAAACGUUAUUUUCAGCAGAGUUAGUGUUAUUGUGUAAAAGAUGGACUGUACAUAGCGCUGAAAGAAUACUUCCAGGUGGUUUUAUAUUUUGCAAAAUAAUUCUAUUUCAACAUUUUCAAAUUAAAGGAAAUCGCAUAAUACGCAAUUGCUGAAUGGUAUCUUAGACAUCUUAUCUUUCUUUAAAAAUUCCAAAUAAUAUUGCCUUUUCAAAAACAAUUCAACACGUAUAAAUAUAUUUUAAGCAUGGUUGUGGUCAUAUGUUUGAAAAUGCCUAUCUUAGCCCAGUUUUCAUUUGAUUGAAUUUUACAAACAGUUUCAAGAAUGAGUGAUCAAAUUUAUCAACAGUUCUGUCAGUUUUAAAUUACAUAAAAAUACAAACUCUGUGCACAUUCUAUUGCCCUUCGGUUUACUAUUUGCAGUUUCAAUUUUGGUUUGGUAUCCGUCCAACUGAUGCCGUGUUCAUUCCCUACCCUUACAAACAGUAAGGAGAGAUGCAACAUGCAGCUAACCAUCAAGAGCUCCAGUAGUUAAUGCCGAGAGUGUCAGCAACAUAACAAAGAUUGUAUGCCAUUUCUGUAGUUCAAAUGUCGUCUUAAGAUCAGUGUGGUCUGUUUUUGCUGUUUCACAUAACGUAAGGGUGUUUUAAAGUGAAAUAAUUAAGGAUUUGUGUUUCAUAAUACAACUUGUUGUUGUUUAGUAGAUGGAGACGUAUGCUCCUUUUUCAUAACGAUGAACGGUCAGGCAGCUUACAAAAUAGUGAUAACUAACAGAAGGAAUUUAAAGGGUAUUUACAUUAGAAUGUUUCUGGUUUGACACUUCCAAACAUAUUGAUGAGAUAUUAGGUGGAAUUGAAUAUUAAACAAAUGUAACCAAAAAGGACCUUUAGUUAAGUUGACGGAUGGAAGUAAAUUAUAAGCAGAUUAGGUUAGGCCAUGAAUAGUUUCAUUUUAAACUGACUAUCGUUGUCGUUUAAAAAACAUCACGCCGGAACGGUGUGGCUUAAGUCAAUCAAUAACAUUUUACGUUCAUUUGUCUGUUGAAAAAGCUGGUUUCAAUUUGAGCUGCAUAAUGCGAGGGUUACCUGACCUUGAUUUUAGUACGCUGUGAUGUUUGAUAUCCAAUCUAAAUUGGUUGUUCCACCUUCUAAAAACAUAUAUCCUUUAAGUUGGUUUAAUAUCCAGACCUUAGUUGCUAGAAUGUCAAAUACGCAUACAGCAGAUCUGCUACCAAGAAACCCAGUGAGGAAAUUAUUUUAGAAAUAUCAUAGUAUAGUAUAUAUGUAAGUAUCAUAUAUAUUCGAGACAACUCGAAAUAUUAGACUCAUUUCUCUCGUGUGUUAAAGCUGCAUAUUAUUUGAUUGUCGUUGUCCAUCAACACGCGUUACAUGGACGAUGUUGAUGACGAAUCAUACCAAUACACCUCAAACAUGUAACACCACGAAUGACUUUGUUUAAUAUCAUUUCUGAAAAAGAUCUUUAUGCGACUGUUAAUUUAUUAUUUCAUCAAGCAUUAUUUAUGUUUACCGAUGCGGGUUAUUACCGGUAAUGUCACUGUAAGCUUUAGAUGUGAUCUGUAAAGCACAACAAUGACCGUAUCCUUUCAACGUCACUUACUGUAGGCUGAGUUAAGGGCUAUGUGACAAUUAGCAAUAGAGCUACACUGCACUCAUCAUCUGUGAGACGGAAUGGAAGUGGAAUAUAAUAUAUGUAAUGCAUUACUAUAAUAUCGAGUUGCACGUUUCAGUCAGUUAUAAUUGGAAGUCUCUUAUAUAUGCAUAGAGGUCAUGAUUCUUAUGUGACAUCCUACUUCUGAACCAGCGUUCAGAUUUGUGUGCGAUCAUUUACGUUAUCAUCUUUGAAUGGCAUUUAGAAGUGGUAUUCAUUAAGGGGGAAUCUUCAGCCAGCUUCAGUAUUAGAGGGUGAUACAUGACUAUCAGUCUACUCCAAAACGUCGUGUUCCUGACAAUACAGAAGUUGACAUCCGUAAUGUUCCCUUUAAUAAAAUUAACAUUGUUUUCACGCUAAAUACUGCGUUCCUUAAACACUCUGUUCAAAUAACCUUUCGAUAGUGUACCUAUACUAUAACGAAAUUCAUAACCUGUGCAUAGUCAAAGGAUAAAGAAACACCAUUGCACAGGGUCUUUUAUCCUAAAAGUCCUUAUCUGGUAGCGGUUUGCAAUAUGUUGUAUUUCGUCAAGAAAUUUUUACACGUGUCGAUCUGUUAUACAUGUACGUUCAACAAGAUGAAAAUAGGUAUAGUAUGACCAGAAAUUAUUGAGAAUUUUAGGAAUAUGUUUAAUUGGAUUUCUAGUAUAAACAACCUUGACC